AUGGCUCUUCCCGUCCCCUCGACGUCUUCCCAUCACAUCGCGUCGAACGCAUUCGCCUUGUCGUCGAAAUCAGACGUACAGAAGCACCGAGGGACAGUAACCCAGAAUCAACAAUUUGACGUGUUCAAUUCUUGGAAAAAGGGUAUGGAAUCCAAUACACCCAAAGCAUCGAACCGAGAGGUACUCGCGUCAAUCAACACCAACACUGCCAAUAAAUCUCGACCGUCGACCCUCAUUCCUCGACCGUCAGCUACUCCCGAUGUAUUUGCAUCUGACAAUAAACUCAAUAACACGUCCUCCACAUCCCGCCCUGUCAACUCAUUAUUCCUCUCCAGCAAACGCCCUCGAGAGACGAUCAGUAUCACAUUGGGAAAUCCCAAACGUGCAAAACUUGACGAGUCUGCAUUGAAAAAUGCCAAAGCAGAGGAGGAAAAAUGGAGGGCAAAAUGGAUAAAGGUAUUUCCAACUUUGGUAUUCCACUUUGAAAUCGGGGCAGAGGAAGGUGCAAAGCAUAUGCGCAACCGAGUGAUGAGAAUGGGAGCAAAAAUCGACCAAUUCUUCUCCACUCGUGUGACUCAUCUCAUUGUCAAAGGUGCUAGCUCACCUCAAAAACCAAAACCCAUCGCUCCUUCUCGUCGCGACUCCAACCGUGACCCUUUGAAAAACCCUUUCCUUGAUGGAACUGGCGUCACUGACCUCGCUCAGAAAGCCGAGGCCAUGAACAUUAAAGUGUGGACGGUGAAAAAACUCGCCGAUAUACUUUCUCGCAUUUCUCCCAUCGAAAACGCCACCAAAGACUCCCUAUCCACUCUUCUUCACGAUGAGAAAAUAAACGGCACACGUGAACGUGAUUUCUCGGCGCCGCGACCUGAUUAUUACUACUUCAAACCCGGGAACAAGUACCUGCUGGUCGAAGACGCCACAUCAAAGCAUCGAACAAUCAUGGUCAAAGAGUAUUCGUAUAGUCAGCAAGACGGUCCAGAAUGGCCUACCCUUUACGAUGGAUUUUUACGUGUCUCCUCUUCUAUGCAAAGCAUCAUCCCCAUAGAGAGGAUUAGAGAAAGAGCCUGGCGACUCUACGUUGACAGGCAAUCAUACCAAGGAGAACAACCUCCUCACGAUCUUAAACGCUCCACAUCCCUUCGAGCUUUUCCAUCAACACCUAAACUUCCCGAAGCUCAACCAUAUCACAACGCAUCUGGUAAUAGUGUUGUAUUAACAUCCACCAUCGCUUCGACUUCAACCGCCGGGACACCUGUCUUUGGUGGCUUCAACGGACUUGGAGCUAACAAAGACAGAGCGAUCAUGCAAAUGUCUAAACGCGUGCAAGUACUCAAAGGCAACGCUCGCCUCGCCGCUGCCAAGCGACAAGAUUCCGAUUCCACAUUUUCCUCGAAUAUACCUGAACGUCGAGCAAGCAUGGGACAGACCCAGCCACCUAAAACGUUCUUGACUCAAGAGCAGCUUGUCAAAAUGUUACAACAAGCUAGAGAACCGGUCAAUGAGAAUCCUGUUAGUGUUCAGGCGAGAAUGAAAAAUCGAGAGAAAGUGGAUAUGGGUCUGAAAGGUAGAGAACAAGAUACUGCUGCGGGUUAUUGCGAAAAUUGUCGAGUGCGAUACACGGAUCUCUCCGUCCACAUUGCGUCCAAAAAACAUCGUCGAUUUGCCAUGAAUGAUGAAAACUUUGAAGAACUCGAUAAACUCCUCUACACCCUGCAACGACCACUUCAUCGAUCAACGAUCGUACUACAAUAUCCCCCCUGCACCGACCUACACGACAAAUAUGCGGAAUGUCACAAGUGCAACGUUGACAUGGCAUCAGAAAGAGGUAUUGACGAUACUUCAGCAAGUGAAGCUGAGACCAGAAGUCCAAGUGAAGAGAGUGAGGAGAUAGGACAGACCUUUAGAAUCUACAACGGCUCCGACGAGUAUGGGGACCAGAGUGAAGAAGACGAUUUUGAGUAG